AUGGAUACCGAUGACCUCAACAAUGGCACCUCCACCGAUGCGACGGCCAAGGCGCCAUUGGACAACCUCCGAUCGCUCCCUCCCAUCGAUCUAGAUCCCAAAGAUUCAUCUGCCAUAGACACAUCACCGAAACAGCAAAAUCCUUCCGCCCAGACAAAGCCCAACAAGCCCGAUGCUGCCUCCUCCGAAUCCCGCUCGGCAACUCUAAUCGGCAACUCGACCCGGUCAUCCAGUCGCGCCCCUCGAAGAUUCAGUGGAAUGAGGUCGAUGCUGGUCCCCCCUAAGUGGAGGAUUGGUGUCUGUGCCUUGGAUGUGAAAGCUCGGAGCAAGCCGAGUCAAAAUAUUUUGACUCGCCUCCAAAGCAAAGGGGAAUUCGAGGUCAUUGUAUUCGGCGACAAAGUCAUCCUCGACGAAGCUGUCGAAAACUGGCCAGCGAUCGCAUACGCCAAGCUCCGCAAGCCAUUCUGCGUCAAUGAUCUACCCAUGCAGCAGGUUCUGUGGGAUCGCCGACUAUGCCUCAUGAUCCUGGACCAGAUGGGAGUCCCUACUCCAAAGAGGCUCGAGGUUAACCGUGAUGGUGGUCCCGUUCUCGAAUCGGCCGAACUCGCCCAACAUAUCUACAAAUUGACCGGAGUGAAGCUGGAUGGUCCUGAGGAUGGAACAGGAGGUGGUGCGCCCAGAACACAGAAAGUGUCCAUGUCCGAGGACGGCGAGGCACUGGUAGUUGAUGGCAAAGUCUUCCGCAAACCUUUUGUGGAAAAGCCGGUGAAUGGUGAAGACCACAACAUUCACAUCUACUUCCCCAAUGACCAACAAUAUGGCGGAGGUGGACGUAGGCUCUUCCGCAAGGUUGGAAAUAAGAGCUCCGAGUAUGACCCAGAGCUUUCCGUGCCGAGAUCAGUCACCGAGACGGAGACGAGUUACCUGUACGAGCAAUUCCUGCGAGUCGACAAUGCCGAGGACGUCAAAGCCUACACCGUUGGCCCUGACUUUUGCCACGCCGAAACACGCAAGUCGCCAGUGGUGGAUGGAUUGGUCCGACGCAAUACCCACGGCAAGGAAAUCCGGUAUAUCACCCAAUUGACCAAGGACGAAGCAGCGAUUGCAUCCAAAAUCUCGAACGGGUUCGGCCAACGAAUCUGCGGUUUUGAUAUGCUGCGCGUGGGAGACAGUAGCUAUGUCAUUGACGUGAAUGGCUGGAGUUUUGUCAAGGAUAACAAUGACUAUUAUGACAAGUGUGCCAAAAUUCUCCGCGAUACUUUCAUGGUGGAUCGAAUGAAGCGGUUUGGAUCAAUGGAGUCAUUGGAGCCGCCAUCGCCGGAUAUGGGCCCCUCCAGGAAAAGCACCGCGGGAUCUCACCGACAAGCAUUGAAGACUCUUCUCAAGUCCCCGAGUACAUCCAGACUUUCCAGAUCGCAGGAAGCAACCCCCUCGGAUACAUCGACGGCCACACCUUCGCUCGCAUCGUCGUCUGGCCUAGAGGCUGUCGAUCCCGUUCCCAACCUCGGCGCUCUGCCCCCUCGUGACAGUCACCCUGACUCUCGCGGUUACAGCCCUUCCAACACGAAAUCUCCUGCCAUAUCGGUUCACCAAACCAAUGAAGAAGCUCCUCCCCCACCACCUGCCUCUAAGCACUCAUGGAAACUCAAGGGAAUGGUCGCCGUUGUUCGACAUGCCGACCGUACCCCGAAGCAGAAGUUCAAGUUCACUUUCCACAGUCAGCCAUUUGUGGAUCUACUCAAGGGACACCAGGAAGAGGUGGUCAUUAAGGGUGCUGCCGCGUUGUCUAGUGUCUCGGAUGCCGUGAAGACCGCCAUGGAACAAGGACUAGAGGACAUUGAGAAGUUGAAACUUCUUCGUACCUCCUUGGAAAAGAAGGGUGGCUGGCCUGGGACCAAAGUCCAGAUCAAGCCCAUGUUCCGCAAGCGCCGACCAGAAGAAAUGCGUGAGCAAGACUCAGCAACGCCGACACCCACAGCAACAGCACCGCCACCGCUCGAAGCGGAACCCGAGGAGCCCAUGUCGCCUAUUCCCGGAGAGACACCGGAAGCUGAGGCACUGCGGAUGUCGCAGACACGCAGUGAUUCUAUUUCAGGCCCUACCUUUUCCCGAUUUUCUGCAGUAGAAAACGAUCUCAUUCUGGAUAAGCUCCAGCUUGUCAUCAAGUGGGGAGGAGAGCCAACGCAUGCUGCUCGCUAUCAGUCGCAGGACCUUGGGCUGAAUAUGCGAGAUGAUCUCAAGCUGAUGAACAAGGAAGCCCUUAACAAUGUCCGCCUUUUCACAAGCUCGGAAAGGAGAGUGAGCACGAGCGCACAAAUCUGGGCCUGUUCAUUCCUCGAUCAGAAAGAGCUACCAGAGGACUUCUUGCAGGUUCGAAAGGAUCUGCUUGAUGAUUCGAAUGCUGCGAAGGAUGUCAUGGACAAGGUUAAGAAGAAGCUCAAGCUUCUCUUGAGAGAAGGAUCUGCGCCUUCACAAUUUGCAUGGCCCAAGGAUAGCAAUGUCCCUGAGCCAUCUGUUGUGCUGGCUACGGUUGUGGAAUUGAUGAAAUUCCACCGAAGCGUCAUGCGUCACAAUUUCAGCAAGCUUGAGUCUGACGCAGCUAAAUCUUCUACCUCUGCUUCCCCCAGCGCUGACAAACCGAGCCAAAAGGAUCUGAGCGCUGAAAGCCCCGAGAUUUCUAAUAUCCAAGGCCGUUGGUGUGCAGGAGAGGACCCCCGACUUUUCAAAGAGCGAUGGGAGAAACUCUUUGCUGAAUUCUGCGACACGGAGAAGGUUGACCCGAGCAAGCUAUCUGAACUUUACGAUAGCAUGAAAUUUGAUGCUCUCCACAAUCGACAGUUCCUGGAAUGGGUAUUCAUGCCGCCUGACAAUGACCGUGACGAUGAUGACCGGUGCAGCGUCAAAGGCAAAAGCUCUUCCAAAUCCGACUCGACUUCUGAUGGAAAUGGAAAGGCCGGAUCCGACUCCAACGAAAAGGAAAGGGAGACAAGUGAGGAUUCGCGCUCUGAGAGCCACACAUUUGCCCACCGACUCGGAUUGAAGAAGCGACUUCAUGUCCCGGAGUCACUGCCGCAUCUUCGCGCACUUGACGAUUCCUACGAUCAUUACUUCAAGCUUUUUCCGGGCUCAAGCUCAAACAAAUGCAAAAUGGACGAACGUCUGUCCAAGCUGCGGGAGUUAUACAAGCUAGCCAAGGUGUUAUUCGACUACGUGACACCGCAAGAAUACGGGAUCACAGACAGCGAAAAGCUAGAGAUUGGCCUCCUCACGUCCCUCCCACUCUUACAAGAGAUUGUUCGCGAUCUGGAAGAAGUCCAAGCCUCUCCAGACGCCAAGUCUUUCUUCUACUUCACCAAGGAGUCCCACAUCUACACGCUUAUGAACUGCAUCCUGGAAGGCGGUAUUCAGACGAAGAUUGCCCGCAGCGCCAUUCCCGAACUCGACUACCUUUCCCAAAUUUGCUUUGAGCUCUAUGAAGCACGCGACAGCGAGUCGGAUCUCAAUUCUUACUCCAUUCGAAUCUCUAUUAGUCCUGGUUGCCACGCUUUUGACCCGCUUGAUGUGCAAUUGGACUCUCGGCAUGCUAUUGGUUGUGCUCCAAGACGCAGUCUGACAACUCAUCAAGACUGGACGGAGGUGAUUGAGACGCUGAAGGCGAAGUUCGACACAGUCAAACUUCCCAAGUCGUUCAUUGCGGUCAAUCUCAGUGACAAGCAUAUUGCUCCACAGGCUGAUGAAGAGGAGAAUAGCGCAUGA